GCAGCGCAGGUCAGCGGCAUGAGGCGGUUGAGCUGGCCGGUGGGCGCGGGCCUGGCGCUGGGCCUGGCGCUGGCCCUGGAGGCGCUGCCGGCCUUGCUGCGCUGGCUGCAGGGCGGGCGGCGGCGGCGGCGGCGGCGCGAGGUGCUCUUCUUCCCGUCUCAGGUGACGUGCACCGAAGCCCUGCUGCAGGCCCCGGGGACGGCACCCCCCGCGGCGCCGGCCGGGCCCGCCGCGGGCUGCCCCUGCAGCCUGCCCCACUGCGAGAGUUCGCUGAGCCGCCUGCUGCAGGCGCUGCUGGAGGCCAGGGUCACCCUGGAGCUCUGCCUCUUCGCCUUUUCCAGCCCGCAGCUGGGCCGCGCCGUGCAGCUGCUGCACCAGCGCGGGGUGCGCGUGCGCGUCAUCACGGACUGCGACUACAUGGCGCUCAACGGCUCGCAGAUCGGCCUGCUCCGCAGGGCGGGUAUCCAGGUUCGCCAUGACCAGGACCUCGGCUACAUGCACCACAAGUUCGCCAUAGUGGACAAGAAGCUGCUGAUCACCGGCUCCCUCAACUGGACCACACAGGCCAUUCAGAACAACAGAGAAAAUGUUUUGAUUAUGGAAGAUGAAGAAUAUGUGAAGCUUUUCCUGGAAGAAUUCGAGCGUAUCUGGGAUGAGUUUAACCCCACAAAGUAUACUUUCUUCCCACAGAAGAGAAGCCAGUGAUGCUGUGCGCUCCGUUUGGACUCCAGAGUCAGAGGAAGGUGGUGGUUAAUGUGGUAAAGUUUUGGUGUCCCCAGUGUAACCAGGCUGAGCCUCCAGAAGGAGACUGACUCCAGGGUGACUGCGACCUUCCCUCAUGGCUCUGGGCUGUGCUGCUGCUGCUGCCUCGGGAGAAGCCUCACUAGUAAGGGAGCAUCUUUCGCACUGAGUCUUGUUCACAGGAUGCUAAAGAACGGUUGGGGUUUCAGGGAAAAGGAUGAGGCUGAAGUUCAGGUCGGGUGUUCGGGGCUGUACUCCAGCCUUCACUGGGAGUGAACCCCCACCAAAAGUCAGUUCAGCUGUAGCUGCUUCCCAUGUGCUUUGUGGGACCCAGUGGGGACUUGGUUUAGACUGGAAGGGUUUCUCCCGCCGCUGCUGCGCAGGAGGCGUCACAACUGCUCCUUGUUGAAUACCUGAUGCCCUUUGCUGAUUUCAUGCUUUGGCUUGUUGCUGCGACUCAGCCCUUUGCAUAUUUCCUGAAGGUAUUUCCUCUUUUCCUUUGGACAAGCGGGGCUGCUCACCACCGCUGACUCCGAUCUGAGUCCCUAUGGCUGCUACUCCCUUGGUUUCUUCUGACUCUGAAGAAGAGGGGGAGGGGGAAUCAGAGAGUGCUCCUCAACACCGCGGCCCCUCCCCUGUAGCGGCAAACAUUCUCUUACCUGGGUUUACUUCCAGAGUUACACUUGAAAGCAAAUGCAAUGAGCGUUUUCUUCCUGGACAGCCGUCCUGUUCUCAUAUGGUGAAAUGUGGAGUGCAUCAGGGUAAGGUCUGUAGGUGACCAGAGCUGCAUCUGUUUCAGUUUUUAACAUUUCAUGUUAAGGGUCAUUUUAUUCAAGGUUUAGAAGUCUGCACGUGUGGACUUGGCUAAUCUCCUUUUCUGGCUGGAUGUCAUUAAUCAUGAGUUACCUGAACACCUGGAGGAGAAAACCUGAGUAGAGGUCGUUUGUAGGCUGUGAUACUUCAUAGAACUGUUCUUACCCCUGGCCCAGUAUUCUGCAUUUAAGCUAAUUAGAACAGGUGUCGUACAUUUGAAAAUGUUCCAAAUGGUUUCCUUCAUAGUAUCUUUAUAGAUACAUAACUCAAAUACCAUCUGAAUAACUGCAUCUUGUGAUUUUUUUUUAAAUUUGUGUGUGACUUGUCGAGGUAGACCCAGCACACCUGUGGUCCUCACCUUUCCCGUUGCACUCACAUAACCACACAGCAUUCAGUGUUGUCUUUUCCCUCCAGGCCCUCAGACGCGUAAGUGCUCUCUCACGGGGCUGAUUCCCCUGUCCCUUUUUCUCUUUUUCCAGUUAUCUUUGACUUAGGUGUUUUGCACGUAUACUCAGAGUUAAUUUUUUUUAUUUAAUUGAUGACAAAGUAUGUGAAUUACAAAGUAUAAGAAAUGGUUUUACACGAAAGGUGGUUUCUAUCAGGGUUUGUACUCCUGCUGUGUCCUGCAAAUGAGGGAAAUGGAUAAUGACUUCUGGUUGGGAGGGCACCUCCUGAUGUGCAGCAUGUUUGAAUAAACACGU